UGGAAGCAAUAGAAUGUGGAUUAAUCAGUGUUUCAGUACAGUUUAGCUUGAGUGAUCUGACACUUUAGAAACAUCUGAACAGCUAAUAAGUACUGCCAUCAAAGACCACAAUAAGGAGGUGAAACAAAUCACCUCUUCUGCUGCGAUGACCAACAACACAGUCACUGUGACCGAGUUUGUUCUGCACUGUGCGAUCGACACUCAGCAAGACAAAAAGAUGGUGUACAUUUUUAUAUUCAUCUACAUCGUGACUAUCUUUGGUAAUCUGUCAGUAAUUCUGGUGAUUAAAAUGAAUCGUAACCUCCAGACCCCAAUGUAUUUGUACAUUAGCACCCUGGCAGUCAUUGACUUGAUGAACAGCACAACCCUGAUUCCAAAACUUGUGGCUGUGAUGUUAGAUUUCCCUGCUACUUUGUUUGGACUCUGUGUACUUCAGAUGUUUCUCAUGGGCUAUCUAGAAGUUUCUGUGACUUUUCUGUUUGCCCUGAUGGCAUGUGACCGCUAUGUUGCCAUUGUUUAUCCACUGAGAUACCCUUCAAUCGUUACAAAUCAAGCUGCUGGGAUUACUGUCUUAUUGUUAAGUUUUAUAAGUACCAUAGUCCUUCUACCAUAUUUAUUUCUCGUUGCGGAGCUUUCAUUCUGCCGUAGCAAUGUCUUGCCUUACUGUUUCUGUGAUUAUGUUACAAUGGUCCGUGUUUCAUGUAAUGAUGAUCCCAAAUAUUUAAUCACUUUGUCUACUAUGGUUACUUUGGGGAGUGUAGGCCCCCUGGCUUUAAUCAUAUUUUCCUAUGUUAAGAUUGCACAAACUGCUCUUAAAAUCAGUUCCAACGAUGGAAAGCGAAAAGUUUACAGCACGUGUGUAACUCAUUUGAUGGUCGUGUGUCUGUUUUACUUUCCACUGCUGAUCUCCUAUGUCUUACCUGGGGUAGGGGUAAAGCUGUCGACUGAAUCUACCAACAUGUUAGUAAUAAUCGCCCACAUCAUCCCAUCAAUGAUGAAUCCUAUCAUCUAUAGCUUUAGAAACAAUGAAAUAAAAAACAGCAUUUACAAAAUGUUUAGAGAUGUGCUAUCAAAUGGAUAA